CAGGAGAAAUAAGCAGAAACAAGACAACCGGCUUGAAAACCAAACAAAGAAUUUUAAGAGGAAAGAGUCUGUUCAAGAAAUGUCAGAAAUAACUCAAAAAAUGAGGAAGCUUGGAAUUCGUUUUGAUCCACCUUCACUAGUCUUAAUAUAUAGCAAUGACAAAAUGAAACUUCACCAAAGAGUUAUGCCUGUGCGCAACUUUAAUGCAGGCUCAAAUGUGAAUUUUUUUGCAACUCAACUGAAACAGCGGCAUGAAGAAUUUCUGCACUCUGUGCCUCUUAUAUCUAUCGAAAAAAUGUUAAGAAUAUUGCAGGAGCACAUAAGAGGCUCUCCUCUCGAGUCUAUCUUGAAGAAUAUUAACUCAGAAUAUGAAAUAAACCCUGAUGAAGAUUUAAACAAACUAACCGAUGACCAGUUGCAUCGGAAGAAGCUAAUCAUGGAGGCUUCGUUUGUUGCCAACCAGCUUCAACCUUCAGAUCCUGACUAUGAAUACGAUAGACAAGUAGAUUUUGAAGACAACAAAAUAGAAUCAGGAUGGGACUCGGAGAGUAAUGCAAAGGAGACUGAGACAGAUGACUUUUGGGGUUGAACCAAAAUAUGUUUUAUUGAUUCAUGGAUUGACUCACAAUAAUUUUUAAUAUUGUGCAAGUUCAGUCAGCACCCUCAAAUGUCUACAGAAAAUAAACACAAUGGCAUUCCAAACCCUCUCCUCUCACUCUUUGAGGCUUUUCGGAGGCGCCCCGCCGCAAUGCCCCGAGGGAGAGGGAGGGAGAAAGGGAGAGCGCUGUCGCGCCGCGAGCGCCGCGAAGAAGGGCCUUCCGUUUCCCUUUUCCAGCAGCUGGAGAACUGGAGAACUGGAGACGACCCUGCGAGCCCUUCUCGUCGAACCAUUCCCUGUUCGUAAACAGUCCAGGACAAAAAUACAGCAUGUCCGGUUUUCUGGCUGUUAACGGAUGUGUUGAAAUACAGUUCGCUUUUAAAAGAAAA